CGGCUCCCUCAGCGCCCCGACUCCGCCGAGCGAGCAGCGGUCUGGGCGCGCAGCCCCUUCCGCUGCUCUUGCCCCGGGGGAGGAGUCCGCCCCGGGGGCCAUCUCCGCCUUGAGCCGGGCGCAGACAGCGCGGGUUGCCGCGGGUGGCGCCGGCGGCGGCGGGGGAAGCCUGUGCCGCCCCUCGCUCCCCGCACUGGGGUGAGCGGCUGGCCCCGCGCCAGGCCGGCGCCCCUGCCCUGGGGUUCCUGGUCUUCCGCCGGACGAGGCUGCAGGACGUUUUCCUGGUCUUGUGCAUUUUUGGAGUUCUCAGCAAUGUACUUCCACCUUUCCUCUCUCAACUCGUUCUGAGCGAGCGUGAUCUGCACCGUUCAGCAGCACAUCUACCGUGUGCUGCCCGGAGGAAAAUACAGUUUGGAAGUACGGUUUCUCUAUAAAUGUGUGAGAAAGCCACUGUUUGUUUUUCUGUAUAAUGGUUACCUAGAGGCUUAGUAGGAAUGGAGAUUAAGCUAGAUGUGCUCAUCUCUACAUGUAUCAAGCAGAGAAAACCGUGGCCUCGCGUAUCGUGGGUUGGACAGGAAAAAGAAGCUGUUUUUCUUCUAGAUGGUAAACAUAUAAAUGAAAUUAACCUGGUGUCAGGGAAGACGAAGAAGAAAAUCCCUUCGCUGCAGUCAUUGUUGAAAAAUGUGGUUGUCUUAACAACGUCAGGAAAUGCUGCUUGGUUGGCAGGAAUACUUACAACAGGAGAGCUCUUUCUUUGGAAUAAAGAUCAGGACUGCUUGAAAAUUGUACCAGCCAUCGAAGAGUCCAAGAAAGUAGUAGCAGCAGCACAAGAGUGUUCAAUGAGGUUGUCCUUGUAUGUAUCUGGAGAUGGCAGAAAGGUACUGUUAAUUACUCCUACAGCAUGUGUCUUUUUGUGGGAGAGCUCAGAAUAUGAAAAUACAGCCUCUGAUAAAAACUCUCCUGGACACUGGACACAAAUUUUAUCUGAUGAAUCAGUCGUAUUGCCUUCUACUGAAGAAAAAGAAAUUGGAAUGGAUGCUGCUUUCAUACAAAAUGAGGUACUGGGCGAUUGCUGUUUGUGUUCUUUUGUAUUUUACUCUGGCGAGUGUUUGAUGCUUACAUUUUUGAUUCUUCGAUGGCAUGAAAAUACCUUUAAAAAUGUUAGUUCUUUGCCAUACCAGAUCCAGUGGGUACAGCAGACUUGUUCUCUUGUUAAUAUGGUUCCUCAGUGUGUGUCUGUGAAGUCAAGAGGAGCUCUGCUAUGUGCUUUUGCAAGAGAUGGACUUCUGCUUGCAGUAGCUGUAAAUCAAACUGAUCCAAAGGCAACUCAGGUUUUGUUUUUAAACACAUUGAAUUUUGUAACUGUUUUGGGUAGCCUUAAAGGUUGUAGUAGCAAGAAUAACAUGACCCCAUCCAGGUUCAUCAGAUCUUACUGGGUUGGCGAUAUGAGUUGGACUCCUGAUAGCCUUUUCUUGGCUUGCAUGUUAAAACGUGGAUGUUUGGUUUUAUUGACAUGUAUGGGGGAAUUGCUGACCUUAAUUGCUUCUGGAUGCUCUGUAGAAUUUGGACCAGCACAGUUUAUUCCAUUUCAUCCACUAAUAACAUACAGACAGCACCACUCUUGUUGUCAAGAUUCCAGCCAGUCUCUUGGUUCUUCAGAUUCUGAACGUGACCUCAUGAGACAGAGAUUCUCUGUUGCUUCACAUUCAAGACUACCCUUCCUCAUUGUCUCUGAUGGAUACAUGAUAACACUGCUAAGAUUUCCUAACAACUUUUCACCAUCAGGAUUUAUGAGAUCCCUCUUGCUUGAUUCAACCCAACAGCUUGAAAACAUCCGUCGGAAUUUGCUGAACUUCAAGUGUAAAGGGAGAUCUUGGUACUUCCGAUCACUGUUGUCUUUAAAAGCUGGUCUUUUAAAACAAGUUCAAAAUCAAAGUUCUGUCUUUUCCACUAUUCCAAGAUUCCUGAAGGAUGAUACAACAGAAUUGAAUGAGAAAACCAUGGAUUUACUGGACCAUGAAGAAGAAUCAGACAAUGAAAAGCAGUUUUACAAUAGCCCUUCCAGCUUCUAUAACCAAAGAAUCUAUUCAUUUGUUGGUAAAGCUGAUGAAGGCUGCUUAGAAUUCGCAUCAAUGUUUGAUACCAUCCAUGUAGAAGAUGAUAUUGAAGAGAAAGAGAAAUCAUCAUUGGAACUGUAUUCCAUUCAGAAAAACCUCCUUGGUGCAUGGCAGAUUGGGAUUUCAAAAAACAUGGAAGAGAAGGAUGAAUUACUGAAUUACACAGUGAACUGCAUUAUCCAUUUUUUCAGCAUUGUUCAGUUUGUGAAAUGUACUUCGCUAAACCAGGAUGCAUCUCUAAACAAAUCUGUGAAGAAUACUCAAUGGGUGCAUUGUGUCCUGAAAUAUUUUCAGCAGUGUUUGACUGUCUUACACUGGCAUUCAAGAGCCAGUGUGACUGGGCAUGUGGCAAAACUGACUUCAGAAACUUUAAAACUGAUGUUUAUACAGCAGCAGGAUCAGUUGUUCUCAAAAAACCUUUUGGCAUGCUUCUGUCUUUUGAAAAUGGUUUCUCACACCCUAAGCAGAGUGUGUGUACUACAGUAUGAGAAUUUUUUUGCAUCUCCUGACAGUAAUAUUCUUGUGGAACUUGACUCCCUCACUGUGCCUGUUUUCUUAGUUCUUGAUGAUGAUACUACUCAGCAGUUCAGCUCACUGAAAUCUCUGCUUAGAGAAUGUCCUCAAGUAAACCAUGAUGCAAAAACAGAAAAAAGGUUGACUGUACUAUGGCAACUAUUGUAUAAGAAAGUGGUUUGGUAUCAGGUGCAGCUGAAAAGGAAAAUGAACAAGAAUGAGGAAGAGGCUUCUGUUGUCUCAUUGCUUUUAAGUCAUAUUCAAGCAACCAUCCAGUCUUCAGGAAUGACAUUAGAACAACAUCUGAAGAUUAAUUCUAUAUCUGGUGAGGAGCAGUUCCUUUUAGGCUCAUACACAGAAUCUGUGGAUAUUUGGAAAAGAUCUCUUUGUGAACUCAAGACAAAAGGAGGAAAAAGAGCAUAUUUUCUUCAGCGUAGAUACUGUCUUGCAAUAUUGUUUUGUCACCUGUAUCAGUAUAACCUGUGUGAAGCUCAGGGACUCUGUGAUCAUCUGGUAAGAGAGAUUUUGAGGCGAUCACGGCUCUCCACAAGUCAGAUGGAAAAUUUUUCUGAUAUCAAAUAUUUUCAGCAUGAACUAUGGAUAGUAACCAGCAUUCAUACUGACACUGCCAUGGCUGUGAUUCGAUCCAUGGCACGAUUCAUGGCUGCUUAUUUCACAAAGCAGCUGCUCUAUAUCUUUCCCCCUCACAGUGUUGACAUCCUUCAUCCACUACACAUCAAACAAGACUUAUCUUCUCGUGUCAUUCCACUGCAACACUGUUUGGUUACCAGAGCUGUCAGGGACCAGAACCUUUCAUCUGUGUGGACAGCUGAAUAUGCUCUUGAUUUGUUCUUUAUUGGUGGACUCAUUCCAGAAGCUGUGUGGUUAGCACACACACUUGGGGACUGGAAGCUCUCCGUUUCAAUUGCUCUGGCCUACCAGCUGUAUUAUCAGAACUCUGAUGAGCUCUCAAGAAUGAAAGAACCAGAAUGUCACCUGCCAUUAAGCUUAUUACCAAUGCAGACUUUUCAGGAAAAGUUACAGUCUUUGUUAGGACAGCCAGUAACUUCUGAAACUUCAGGACACAUUAAACACAAGAAAUUCACAGAUCCCAUUGAAGAGGAAGAUGCAGAUUUUCUUUACAGUUCAAUACAGGAACUACUAAAAGCAGCUGUUAUGGCAGACGUUGAUAUUCUCUCAGAGACAUUUCAGCUUUUGAUGGAUUCUGCGAAGGACCUUUGCAGAAAGUUUUAUGGUUUGGUUCCAGUUGGGCUCUGUCUUCCAGCCCCACCAUUGUACUGUCCUCAACCAGCUUCUCUCAGUGAAGAAGGCAGCGAUGACAUUCUUUUAAAAACAGAGAAAGAAGUCCGUCAGAAAGUGUCUGGAAUUCUUCAGCGAAUUAUCUUGCUCUUCCGGGCUGCUCAUUGUUCUUGCUCUGCAGCACAGUGGUAUAUUACACAGUUGAAGUGGGCUAGAAAAGUUAUGCAGAAAAUUCGGAUGAAAGGCUCUCUUCCUUUGCUAAGUCCAUUCCCAGAGACUUUGCUUCGCUACUGCAAUUUCUGCACUGUUCUCCAUGGCUCUACAUCUUCUGGAGCCCAUAAGUUUGAUGGCAUUACCUGUAAAAUUUUGGGUUGGUUCCGAGAGUUCUGUGCAUUAUGUUGGAUGUUUCAUGUUCGUGAAAAAUUAUCUGACAGCUGUAGGCGGUACCAAACUGCAAGGGAAAAUAUUAAUAAUAUCAAGGAUCCGAGUAAGAACAGAUAUGAUGCCUACAUCAUUGAGCAUUGUCUGAAUGCAGUGGAGUGGGCUUGUCGAAUGCUUCCUUUCUGCAGAUUUAUGAAUACUGAAGAAUUAGUUCAAGAUGUAAUUUUGAGUCUGCUUGGAGAAAUGCCACCAGUAAAAAAGGUGGCAGAGAUUUUUGUGAAAGCAUUUCCUAAUCCUGAAGAUAUAAGAGUUUCACUAAGAGAUAAAUAUCAUGGACUUCAGCAGCGACUCAGACACAGUACUGUUAAAGUAGGUCCUGAAAGUGAAGAAAUGAUGUCUGCUGUUAUACAGACUGCUGAAGAAGUGAGGAAAAAGGCCUUGAGAUAUGUAGUAAAGAACAUAGGCCUUGUAGAAAUUAAUAUUUGGGAGCCAGUAGAAGAGGGAGCAUCAGAGGAUGAGAAACACAGUUAUGACAGAUUCUCACUAGGCACAAGUCUAAGCACAAGCACACUUACUGAUUAUGGGAAUCCUCAGGUGUAUAGUGAUGCAGACACGGCAGACACACAUUCUGAUGCUUUGCUUACUGAAGGAACAAGAGCUCAAGCACCUUCAUUCCCAAGGGAAAAUGAACUCCAACAACAAAAGGAAAUAGGUAGCAAAAAUACCACACACAAGAUAAAAGCUCCUAACUAUAAAACAAAACAUAAAGACAAAGUGUGUAGGAGAGACAUGCUUAAUCAAUGUAAUUUGCCUAUAGUUGGGGCAUGGGAAUUUGAACGUGAUGAUGAUGAAUAUGUUAGAUUUUUAGAACUCUUUUUGAGUUAUGUUCUUGAGAGAGACCUGAUAAAGUAUAGUGGCCUUGGAAUUCCAUUUCUCAGUAGCUUUUCUGGGGCACUUCAAAAACAUGAAUUGAACUCUCUCUUUUUUGAUAUUCACACAACACUAAAACGCCGAAAAAGCAAAACUAGAAGUCAAAGUGUGUUUAGAGCAGGGUCUUGCUAUACUGUCACCCUGGCAUCACUUGAAAAAGUGUCUGGCUGUAAUGAAAACAAAAAUAUUUUGGAAAAACCAACAGUUGUACACUCCGUUGGACAGACCACAGAACCUUCUGUGUGUAACCUACCAAAAGGACUUAAAGAAGGCUUAUUUGGUUUAAAAUACAAGUCAAUAUACAGAGCUCAGACUGACAGUCAAGGAGUCACUGUUCCACUAGCAAGCCAGACCUUUCCUAGCCAUACUUCCUCUACCUUGCAAACUCAGGCAAUUUCUAAGUAUGUUUACAAAACUCUGGAUGUAGCUGAUAUUGUACCAGCAGAAGAACUGCCUAUAGAAUUGAUGGGCAAAUUGAGCAGUAUUUCAAAAUUGCUGGAGUGGAUGAUCAGAUGGUCCGACAAAAGGCUGCUCUGUGGUUCCAAUAAACGAGAUUCCUUAGAAGAGACUCUCCCAAUGAUACAUGUGAAAACAUCAGCAGCAGCUGUCCUUACAUCUUUUUGGUUGUUAGAACAGUUAUAUGGAGACAGAACUCAAACAAGGAGUGAAAAAUGUAAGCGUCCAGAUGAUCAAUAUCUGAAAGAAAUUGCAUCUCUAUCAGAAGCCCAGUCUAGAACAGAGGAAGAAUGUAGUAUGGCUGAAAGCUCUUCCACAAUGGCCAGUUCUCCUCUUGAUAUCCAGAUUGUACAAGUCUAUGAUAAUCUUUGUGAAAGUGAUUUGGGAGCAUCUGCAAAGUCAAAAUAUUUCCAUAAGAAGGAAAGUAGUCAUGGAAAUAAUUCUGUGCCUCAUAUAACUGAAGACCUGAAUGAAGUGAGACCAUUUGUUCAACAGGAGUUGGAUGUAACAUCAGAACAAGAGUUCUUUGAGAAGCCAUAUGAAACUUCUAAGAGCUCCAGUAGCUCCAUCAAGAUAAGACCUGUAGAACAUCAAAGAGAACAGGGUGCUAUCCCAUGGGACUCUACCACGCAGAUCCCUGAAGAGGUUAAAGUCUGCUCUCCUGAAGUGAAGCAGGUUGCCAUUUCAGCUAUAGAUAGUGCUCAAGAAGAUCAAAAUGUAGAUGAAAUAAAGGAAGAAAAGGCUGAACAGAAUAUUAUGACUGAGGUUGUUACUAGCACCCUUUCCCACUCAUUCUCUUUAAAACAAGAUGCAGAAGUUCCUAGUGCAGACAUGUCUGUAAGUGAUUCUCAGCCUUCUCGGACUGCUGUGUCAACUAUGUCGAGUCUUGCCUCCCGUACUUCUGUUUGUGCAAAGAAGCAAGAAGUCAAGGAAGAAGUCCCUAGAGAAGAGAAACCAAACACGUCAGAAACUGUCAAGCAGAUGCUGCAAGAUGAAAUGUUUAAAUUAGUUCAGCUACAGCAGAUUAACUUCAUGAGUUUAAUGCAAAUGGUGCAGUCAUCCUUUACCAAUGUGCCAAAUAUACAACAAAUGUUACAACAGCAUCAAUCCGUUCACCUGGCAGGGAGCCAGCUUGCACACACUGCUAAAAACAAUACUUCUCCAGAAUCACAAGUGCCUACUCAAGAAAAAGGAAAAACUGGUCAAGAGAGCUCUGUUGUUCAGCCAAGGAAGAGUGUAGAAGAUGAAAGCAACGAUCGCCAAAUAAAAAAUCAUCUGGAUACAAGUACGUCUUUAACAUUAUUUGAAAUAAACUGCAAAGAAAUGGGAUUAAUGUCACCAUCCCAAGAUUUGCAUUCUUCAGUGCCUACGAAACCACUUCAUCUCCUAGCUCCUUCCUCAGGCAUCCAGAAAAAAAUGAAGCUUAUCCCUAUUGAAAAAAAAAUUAGUUACUCAAAUGGAUUUCCUUUGCUUAAGCUUGAAUCAAAUUAUCAUGUCAAACCAGCAUUUUUACAUCCAACAGAAAUGUCAUUAGCAUUUUCCAGACCAUCCCCAGUACCACAAGUAGCUUGGAGUUCAUCAGAUUCCGUAUGGAACCAUCAGUCAUCAUACAGACCAAGAAAGAGUAAGGCAGAAGAUUUCCACAGAAGUAGAUACAGCCCUGAGAUUCCAAGACGAAUGCAUGAGGAAAAGGAGAGAUGGGCAGAAAUAGUGCAUAAGGGGCCUCCCAAGCAUCUGCAUUCAGAUCAGUGUGAAGGACAGCAAGAAGAUUCACCUCAGGCACCACUCCCUGCAAAUGUGAGUGUGUUCAAAGCACCAACAACUCAGAAUCUGGCCGCUUUUCCACUGUUGCACUUGCAGCUUGAUCCAAUACCUAGAGUUCCACCAGCUGUAAGGCAGCCAGUCACUGCUACUUUAAUACCUAUUAAACCUCCAAAAAAGGAUGGCGACUCCAGAGAAACACUACAGGAUGCAGGAAUAUCACUACUUCAGAUUAAUUUACCUCAGAAAAAGAAGGCACCAAAACUCAUCCCAUUUCAAGAUCUCCUUGCAUUUGAGCAACGCCACAAGCAUCAUUCUGUGCCCAGUACUUCCUUUGGACAAGGCCAAACCAAAGCUAUCCAUCUACUAAGAACUGAUGUUGAGCCAUUUGAACUUAGAGAUGUGCAGAACAGUAGAAAAAGUAAAAAGAGGCGUAGUAAGAAACAACUGAAAGAGAAGGAGGAUAAGAAGAAACCGAGUGUGUCCUUCCGUCCAGAUGACUCCAUCAUCAAUAUUAGUGACACAGCUGUGGUUACUGAAUCAGAGACUGGGGAUCACAGACCGAAAUCGACAUCUUAUGUUCAAGAUGAUUUUUUCAUCUCAAUGGAUGCAAUGGAGAAAGCAAGUUCUGUCUCAGCAGAUCUACAUUAUUUGGCUUCUGUAGGAAAAAAACCAGCAGAAACUCAAGAUGCAAGUACAAAUACUAACCCAGUGCUUACAUCAUAUCAGGAUCCUGGGAUCAGUGGUGGAAAUGAGGUCUCCAAAGUUCAAAACAAUGAGUUGGUCACAUCUGUUCCUGCAUCAGAAUCACCUAGUUCCUCUGUGAUACUACUGCCAGACAUGUAUUUAAACCUGAGUUUCCCCACUGAAGUGAAUGAGAAACCUUUACCAUCCUUUCUGUCAGAUGCACCUGAUUUGCACAAAAGGGAAUAUGUCAGUGUGACUGACAUUGAAGACGGUGACAUCCUUAGAAAUUUGCCCGUGAUACCUGAGUCUGCAGAAGAGAUAGCUGCUGCACAGCAGAAUGAGAAGCUUCAAAUUCCACCUACUGCAAAACUUCAUCACACAGCAGCUUCUGUUACUAAUGCAGCUCCGCCUGGGGCACUUCAGAAGCAAGAUGAUCAUCAGAAAAAUGUGUCAAACAGAUUGCAAAAGAAAGAUAACUCAGAUUCUGCUACAGAUACUGUAGCUUGGAACAUAGCACAUGAAGAUGAAGGAACCCUUCCUUCUUCAGGGCUUCCAUCCAAAGUAAUUGAAAAAGAAUACUUUUCCACAAAGCAGAAAGAAAUGGAUAUGCAAUUACAGACAUUACAGAACAUAGUAGAAAGUAUGGAGCAGGAUUUCAGAAAUAGCAAAAUGUUAGUGAAGCUGAUAGAAGAUUUUGAAAUGGCUGCUGAUUCAGACCUUGGUGCUCAUCCUGCAGUCUCUGAAGCUGCUGGAGUCAUUGGUGCUGAAUCAGAACAUCAUUUGACACACAUGGUUUUUGAAGAUGUUAUAGAUGAUCAAAAGGAGAGCCUAAACUUGGAAUAUCCUAUGCCCAGAUCUGCUACAGUGGAUGCACACUCUCCUGCCUCUGCAGCCUUGGCUUCUUCUAUACGUUCUGUUGGAGAGAUUAGUUUAGGAGAGGAAGCAGUGCUCUUCCUUCCAGGACAACCAUACUGCUCUUCAGUUGCAUCUGAGUUCCAAGCUUCUUCUGAGUACCUGGAUUCCUCAAGUUCUCACCUAUGCAGAGAUCUACGUCCUAGCUCUUUAGAAGAUCCCCUGCAGAUUACCAGUCCGAGUGAUGUUACUGACAUUGUGAAUGAUCAUGUGGGAGAAAGUGACGCCUCUCUGUUGGAGCUGGGCUUUGCGAGAGCACGGGCUAAGAAAAUAUCUAGGGUUCUUGAUUCUGCUUCUGGACAUUCUCAAAGAACAGAAAAGGAGAGGAAGGAGAUACAAACAUGGAUGAAAAGAAAGCAGAAGGAAAGAAUGAGAGAAUAUUUGAAGAAACUGGAUGAACAAAGACAGAAAGAACGUCAUCCAUUCAACCUGAGAAAGAAUGCGCAUCAUAAUCCUACUUCAAAGGAUAUUAGAGUCUUCCAGAAGAAGAAAGAAGAAAAAGACAAAGCCCUGUUGUCUGAGCAUCACAGAAUCAGAAUAUCACAGGCACUUUCCCUGAUGAAUGAAAUGUUGUCUGAAACAGUGGCAGGUGAUCACAGGACACUGUCCAGCACAAGAUCGCCUCAAGCUUACAGAAGGAGGAAUGUGGCCUCUAGUACAGGAGGGCAUCUGAACAGUCCUGUUUUGGCAGAAAGGAGCAGAAUUGCUGCCAAACCUGGCUUUGGUCAAAAAGUACAACGUUUCACUCCAGCUCUUGGUUUAACGCAGUCCAGGGGAAAUGCCUGUAUGCUCCUUCAGAAAAGUACCUCCAGAAGAAGGCUGAGAAAUGCUACAAACUGUCCUGUUAUUUCUAAACACUCUGCUGAGUGCAGAGUCAGCAGAAGCUCAACACAAAAGCCUCCUCAAGUUGCCACUGCAGUUCAGACAGAAGGUGUUGACCUUGACACUGAUCGAGACGUGGUGAGUCCUUGGACUGUGCCUGAUGACAUCCAAAGAAUACUUCAAGAAACUGAUGACUCCAUGUUUCAGGCCUCUGCAGUGCGUGGCAUGAGUUUCUCUCCUCUCAGCAGCAUCAUCACUGACAAUGCUUCUGAAAGCACAGGGAGCAUCCUCAGCAAGCUGGACUGGAAUGCAGUUGAAGCUAUGAUAGCAGAUGUGGAAGACAAGUGAAUAGUUCUCAGCCACUGUGCUCUUUCAAACAGUUGCUGGUUGGGUUUUGUUUUUUAAAAAUAGUAAUGGUUAUACUUAAAAUGGUUUUAGGCCUGCAUUGGUUUCCUUCUUAAUGCAUGGAGACUGUUUCCAGCCUUGCAUACAUGAAGCUGAAUUCCUUAAAAUGUAGUUUUUCUUCCAUAUGUCUUCAGGUCAAGAAGAACUAAAUAUCACUGGUAAAGGCAGACCCAAGUCUUUAAACAGGUCUGGGUCAGCUGCUUUACAUAAAAACAGAUCUAAACACAAAAAAUGUUACUUUAUUUUAAGAGCAAUGUACAACUGUUUUACUUUUGUACUGAAUAUUUAACACUAUUAUGAAGUUAUUUUUGUAAUGUAAGUGUUGUGAUAAACUGGUUUAAUAAAAGUGAUUUUAUUAGUUUCUGCUAUAAAUCAUUU